AUGUCUAACAGCCCCCCUACCCACACAACCCCUAACUCAGCCCCUCAAGAAGGCCUCCCAGCCCACCCAAUCAGCAACCCAGCCCCUGUAGGAGACCCUCAAAACCCCUCAGGCCCCCAAGAAGACCCCUCAAUCCCCCAAGAAGACCCCACAGACCCCCAUGAAGGACCUCAAAGCACCUCAGACCCCCAAGAAGACCCCUCAGCCCCCCAAGAAGACCCCUCAGACCCCCAUGAAGGACCUCAAAAGGCCUCAGCCCCCCAAGAAGACCCCUCAGACCCCCAUGAAGGACCUCAAAAGGCCUCAGCCCCCCGAGAUGACCCCACAGACCCCCAUGAAGGACAACAAAACACCUCAGCCCCCCAAGAAGACCCCUCAGGACCUGAAGCCCCCCACCAAGACCACUCAGGACCUCAAGAUGCCCCUCAAGCCCCCAAAGGAGACACCGUGGUAGACGUAUUUGUAGGCUUACCGUUGCGUGGAGGAAAUCCGGUCGUUGGCCCCCUGGACAAUAAGUUAGGCGUACCUACUGAUGGUUUAAAUCAGCCUCAAGAUGCCCCUCAAGCCCCCAAAGGAGACGCCGUGGUAGACGUAUUCGUAGGCUUACCGUUGCGUGGAGGAAAUCCGGUCGUUGGCCCCCUGGACGAUAAGUUAGGCGUACCUACUGAUGGUUUAAAUCAGGAUCAAGAUGCCAACCUCGCCGUUGCUGAAGAUGAGGUUAUCCUGUUCUCUGGAGGCCCCCGCUUGGAAGGUAUCGACACCGGCUGCUCCGUACCUGGUCGUUCCCCCACCGCCGAUGUUUCCCCUCAAGCAACCCCAGUCACUGCCCCCCCGACUGACUUGACUCAGUCUCACAGUCAGAUCUCUGCUUCUCCAGCCAGCCCAUCUUGUCAAGCUCCACCUGAUGAGGCUAUCCAAUCCUCCGGAAUCCAUCUAGACGGUAUCGACCCUGCCCUCUUGGAACUCACGCAGGACUUAUGUGGAUCCCAGAAAUCCCAAGGACCUCAACUUGAAGGGAAUGAAGAGGAAGAGAAGGACGAGAAGACCGCAGAUGAAAUCUAUGAAGAGCUCACCAAGGAUGUUCUGGACGAGAUCCUCGAGGAAGAGUCAGACGAAGACGAGGCCGCCAUCGCUCAGAUAUUGGAAGAGCAACUGAAGAGUCUCAACCCGGUUCAGGAAACUCCGGAUUUACGCGAAGACACCAAUGAGGCAGCCCCCGGCCCCACGGGUAAUGCUAAUCAGGAACGCGAGGCAGCCCCAGGCCCCACGGGUAAUGCUAAUCAGGAACACGAGGGACCUGUUGAUGACUGA